CAUUAACCACUUCCCGUCCGGCCCAUGUAUAUAAACAGCCGGAUGGUGGCAGUGCAGGGGCGGGUUGCCAUUCAUAAAUGGCAUCUGGCAUUUUGGACUGUGCGCACUCCCUGGGAGCUCCCGAUCGCUGUACGGGACCUCUGUGUGAGGUUCCGAUUAUGUGAUCACUGAUUGGCCAAUCAGUGAUCACUACGUGUAAAAUCUGUGAAUGAUCACAGAGAUCACAUGGUACAAGGCUAUUCACAACAGCCUUGUACCAUGUG